AUGGCGCUAGUCCCGACCGGAAACUCGCCUUUCCACCUCAAACCACAAGAAACGUCUUCAAGUCCUUCUCCAUCCACGAUCCCCCUCCACUCUCUCCAAAGCCGUGCCCCAGCGUGCUCUCCGGCUCAAAAAUCUCCCCGCCCUCUACUACUCUCCCCAAUUGUAUCCGCUCUCGACGUGGUGCUACCACCUCCCGCCCGCCGCACAAUGUUUCUUCGCACCGUCUCUCGCGCUGUUCCUCGCAGCACCGCGGCCAUCCGUGCUGCCCCGGUCGCUCCUGUGAACCUCCUGCAGACCCGCGCUGCCUCCGCCCAUGCCAUCUCCAACCCCACUCUCGCCAGCAUUGAGAAGCGCUGGGAGGGCAUGCCCCCUCAGGAGCAGGCCGAGCUGUGGAUGCAGCUCCGCGACCGCAUGAAGGUUGACUGGCACCAGAUGACCCUCCAGGAGAAGAAGGCCGCUUACUACAUUGCCUUCGGUGCCCACGGUCCCCGUGCCCAGACCCCCAAGGGUGAGGGUCUGCGUAUCGUCGGUAAGGUCUCUCAGCUCGUUGCUGCCGCCGUCGCCAUCUUCUUCACCGUCCACUACUUCGCUGGCCCCAAGCCCGGUACUAUGUCCAAGGAGUGGCAGGAAGCCUCCAACGAAUACGCUCUGCGUGAGAAGAUGAACCCCAUCCACGGAAUCAGCAAGCCUGGUUACGAAGGCAAGGGCUUCGUUCAGAGCCCCCCUGCUCCUGCCGACAAGUCAUAG